AUGGGCAUUAAAAUCGGUUACCCCGACCAGUACAUCGACUACUCCACAUUCACACCCAAGCCAGAUGAUACAUUCCUCUCCAUAGUGAGACAGAUCUUCGAGUUUGAACACAUCCACGACUGGUUGAAGUGCAAUAAUCCGACUGAUCGUGACUGUUGGGGUAUGCCACCGCAAAUGGUCAAUGCGAUGUACUCCGCACAGGCCAAUGAGAUCUCAUUUCCCGCGGCUAUCCUGCAAGGAGCCGCAUUCAACCCGGACCGAGAUAUCUGCGUAAAUUACG